GAAAAAUUUGCCCGAGAGACUAACUCGCGGCUAUGAGAAUUCAACGAGGGCUUGAAACAUGGCACGUCGUCGCAAACGUUCCGUUUUUUCCAGUCUGAAAACGGUGCUCGCAAACAAAAAUUCGCAAAUUGGACAACUGGCGUGCACACUAUGCGACCAUUACAUCAUGGGAAACUCGAUCUACGUGAUCAUACUCGGCCUCAUUGGGACCAUGAUUACAGCGUUUGAUAUCGUCAGAAUAAUUAAUUGCAAGUUACCGAUCAGAUCACCCUCGCAAACGAGAAACAACGAGGCCGUGGUCCCUUUGGACGUGGAGAGGGAUCUAAAAUUAAUGACUUCGAUUCUGGGAAUAGAGCACUACACUUUAAUCAUGCUUGGUGCAAUUACAGAAUAUCCAAUGUUGCAUACGCCCUGGCUUUUGAUGCAAUUAUGCGUGAUUAUCGUGGAACUCAUAGUAUUCUGCGUGAAAAUGUUUUUGGAUGGACUUCAUGUAAAACGCGAUGAAAUUUUACUGGCUGUUCUGACCGUGCAUAAUUGGCUUCAAGUAUUUUGUUUGUUUCACAGACAAGCUCGACAAACUCGUUGAACGUACAACGAAAGAAAAGAAUGGAAAUUAAUUCUAGGAAAAAAAUAUUCAAUUUAGUUGAAAUUAUUGUAAA